AAUACAAAAGAAGAGAAAUUAUACGUUAUCAGUACCGCGUCAUCAUUAUCAGUCGCAUGGCGAGAGUGCAUAAUGUUUUUCUUUUUCAAUCUCUAUCUCCUCCACUCUUCUAUUUCUUUUUACUUUUCGCCAUUUCUUUAUUCGCGAAUUUGUGUAUUUUCACGUACGACGGUGCUCCGACGUGCUUGGUACUUUUGGAAUUAUUUUUUUGGGACAUUUUUAUUUAGUGCCGAUGAACGUCGAGAAAAAUUUUGACGAAUUUUGUAUUUCGUGAAAAUAGGGGAAAAUUGAAAUUUUUUUUAUCCAAUGGAUUAACGCGGUAACAAUAUUUUUGUUUUAGUAAUCUUUUUUUUAAGGAUACUUUGAAAACACGAAAAAUGAGAUAUCGCGGUCAUAACAUCGAUGGACGUGAAUCGCGUGUCUAAACGAACAAAAGAAUCUGCAAGGAAUAAGGAAAUUUGUUUUUGUUUAAAAAACUCGUUAUUACUAUAUGGAUUUUAGGAGAAAAAAAACUCAUUAAAAUCAUCGUUCUGUUUUCAAUGCUUAAUGUCAAUUUUAUAAAUACCGAUGAUCGAGAACUUUUUUUUUUUCUUUACAAAAUUCCCAAUCUUUACGUCACAUAGUAUAAGACAUACAGAGACAAGAAAGUAUCAGUUCGGUAGAAAAUUUUUGUCUAAUUUAUCAUUAAAUAUUACGCAACAGAGACAACAGUCACACAACUCGAGAGAAUCGAUAACCGAAUACGAAGGAUUAAAAAAAAGUAUAUUAAUCGAGAACUCGAGUAAUUUUGAGAAUGGAAAUUUUUAAAAAUUUAUCUCACUAAAAUAUGAGUUACGAAAAUUAUUUAAUUUACACGCUGCUGGAAAGUUAAGAGAGCCAUUUGGGAAUCGCGUCAUAGAUUUCAAGAAGAGCGAAUUAGUCCGGGCAACAGAAACAGAUGAGGGCCUAUCUUACUUAGAGAUAUCCUAAGCUACGUACAUAAACUCAAAUAUGCUUUACCAGAUCACGUAUGGAACAUCUUGACGAUUCGUGUAUGUUUAUAAAUAUAUAUGAAUUUUAGUAUCCAAUAAACUAUGCGUGUAUAUAUAUAUACAUAUAUAUGUCAAAUCAUCAGUAAUCAUACGGCGAUACACAAAUUCAUCAAUGGGACACUUAUAUUCUAUCAGACCAUAUCAGUUUGUAUAAUACUUGGUCUGGGCAUUUGAUACAUAAUAAAGAUACAUAUAUACCCAUAUGUACUCAUAUGCGACUACUGGCGCUGUGACUUGCGAGAGAGGAGAAGAUAUCGCUAAGUGGUUGCCCAUAUGUAUGUAUAGCGUAUGACCAAGAAAAUCCAACAUCAGUUCACGAGCACCUGUCCGAUGAGAACUUACGCCUUUAUCUAAUUUCCAAAAAGUUAUGAAAUUUUAAAAAAAUUUUUGAAUUUUCAUUAAGACUGCCCGGUUACAGAACGCGAGUAGGGAAAAAAGUGAAAAUAAAUAAUUUUGACUGGUGAAUGUGAUUUUUGAAAAAUCUCUAUGAGUGGUUGACGCUUUUUUUUUUUAAAUUUUUUUAAGACCAGUGUGUGCUUUUUUCAAAAGUGUCGUAAGGUUACGACUUUCGAAGAUUAAAUAUAUAGGGAGACGGCAGAAAUUUUGUUUCUCUAUGAUUUGUUAAUGCUUCGAGAUUGAAGGUUGAAUGUUUGAAGCGUAUGUGAUAUCGGUAUGUGUGUGCAUAUAUAUAUAGAUAUAUAUUGUAAAGAGAUAUCAGAUUAAGAAAAUAUCGAAUGAACUUUGCGGAAAGGAAGCAAAGAAGAAAUAAUAAAAUUGGAGGAGGAAAGAGAGAUUCUGAAGAGACUUUGAGGUCUGUGCUUAAGAGAGAAGCUGAUAAUCAGUUCAGGUCAAUUAGAACCUCUCGAAGGUGAUCCACCCUCUUGGCGUAUUCUUCAUUAGAGUUAUCGUCACCUCGUGACGUGGAUAUUAUUUUAAAGAAAAAAAAAAGAAAAGAAAGAAAAAAAGUAGUUGACGAAUAAAAGGUAACGGAACUUGACAAAGCCAUUCUUGGCGAUUCACGCUACCGAAGAUAGUAAUGAGAUUCUAAAGAAAAAAGAAAAUUUUAUUUAUAUCAAAGAAAAGAGUCAAGCGAAGCAAAAGAAUAAAUUCUUGAACGAUAAAUCAAUUCGCGCAACGACGCGUAUGCUGUAGUAAAAUUUUUGGAUUUAUCCAAAAAGUUAUAUGAGACGUUGAAAAAAAAAAUAGAAGACAAGAGAAUCGUAUCGGGCAGGGGAAGGGAAGCAGGCAGUCUUGCUUGGAAAGAUAUCGCUCUGCUUCUAUGAGAAGUUUAGAUCAGUUCAGGAACACCUGUCUUACGGUGAUGGUCGUUCUUUGAGAAAAAUUUUUUUUGGAAACAGACUUUUAGACUGGUUUUUUUUAAAUUUUAUUUCCGUGAUAAGAAAUGUGCGAUAUGACUGUUGUUGGUUGAUUUUGUGAAAGGGACUCUUGACUUGAGACAGAUAUGGAUCGAAAACAGCGAAAGAGGAAAAGGCCAAAGGAGAAAGACAAGAAAGUCCUGCUGUCCAUUCUUGAUCCUUGGGACGUGAAAGUAGCCAGUGUUAAUCCGGUUGGUCUAGCGCAGAGACGAGGGGUGUCGCUUGCAAUUCUUUCUACGGAACCGGAACCGGAAGCCAAAAGUUGGCCAGCGCCCGCAGGCCUUGUGAAGAUACCGUCGCCUUGGUACAAACCAGGUACAAGCUCAUCCGGUGGGCUUGAAGCAUCCAGGUCACAGGAUUCUUUUUCGAGGAAUACUCUUGAAUGGCCGGAUCCUUGGUACAGACCUCAAAGUCGGAACUCCACGAAUGACACUUUGAGUUCGACAACUUUGGAUCUUCCUGUGAAACCUCCCCGAACGAAUAAAUCAAAGGAGAAAGUGAAAAAAGAGUCCCAGGAUAAUUUUGAUGGUGUUGAUAGUAAUAAUGAGAUAUCAGGAAAUUUACAAAAUGGCGAUCCUGGUGUGGUGAACAAUGGUCUGGUGAGGGUGCAUUUUGAAAAUGAGAAUAAAUUAGAGAGUGAGUCGAAGAUUGUAUCAGCUGUUGGGUCUUCAUCGAAAAUUUUGAUAAAUGGUAACGAUUCGGUGUUGGAAAGGACCGAUGACGUUUUUAAGGAUACAGAUAUUGCUUGUGAGGAUUCGAAAAAGGGAUUGAAUUUGGAUAAAACUGUGAUCGAGGGACACGGUGAAAAUUUGAAAAACGUACCAAAAACCGAUGAGGACAAAGUGGAUUCAACUUUGGAAGAAAAUAAUAAAUCGCCUGAAGCCAAACUGAAUGUAUUAUUCGAUGAUAAGGGAACAUUGACAUCGAUUGUCGAAAAACUUGUGCAAUCUAGGUAUACUCCACGGCAAACAGCCACGCAAAGAAGACUAAUACGAAAUUCACCUCAAGGCAGUAUAAAGAGCGCAAAUAAAAGUGUUACAGAUAAUCAACAAACCACAUCGACUCAAAGUACAGCUACAAUAGUCAGCUUUGAGUCGGAUAAAAAAAUAUCAGAUUCAUCGGAAGUCAAAAAAUUAACAGGAUUUGGAAAUUCCGAUAUCAGAAAGACAAGUAUUUCUGUGCCCAGCAAACUCAACGACAUGGACGAUCUACGAGUGGAUAAGAACCAGGACACUGUUUCGAGAUUUACGCGUACUGAAAGCGACAGUAGCGCCACGUUCAGUAACAGCGGAUCUUCGCCAAACGGCAGUCCUCUUGGUUCGGAAACCGAAGAUGAAGGUGAUGACGAAGAAAUGUCCAAGGUACCACUGCAGGCGCCGCCCAGGCGAAAAGGAAAAAUCGUUGUUUCGACGACAAAUCAAAAAUUGGGUGGUAACGGGAUCGAAAUUCCAGGCGUACAAAGUCCUAAUUCAACAAUAACCAGUGUGAAUAGCAUCUCGAGUUUGCUUAAAGAGAAACUUCAACUAUCGAUACCGCAGGCACUUCGCAGUAGCAAGAAAAGGCAAAAUGCUGAUUACAGAAUACGUGCCUUCGUAGGAAUAUUGUUUCUCUGCGUUGUAUUUCUCGUGGGUUUUGCCCACAUCUAUUACACUCAACAUGUCCUACAACGUGCAUACUUCGAUAAAUUCAGGUUCAACAAAAACGAAAGGAUGAUGUACGUGUACAACAAUGUAGGCGCAGAAAUAAUAGCUGGUAAACUAGGCGAAGGAAUUCCAGCAGACACAGGAGUGUUUCCAUGUUUGACGCAUGAUCAGCGAUCAGACUCAGUAUGUCUGGAGUGGCUUCAGCAGACAAGGUUGUACUUGGCGCAUACGCAAUCAAACGACAUGAACUGUUACCACGUGGCCUGGCAGAGCUUGAGCCCACACUUCAAUCCAAUGGAUUGUUUCGAUUGGUCAUCCAAGAGAGGUCACUGGUACGGCGCAGGUCAAAUUCAAAACAUGGCUUAUCCCCUAGAACAAGGAAGGCUGGACUUGAGUCCGUUCAUAACCGGCGACAUAAGGAAGCAUCCAUUCGGCAACGUCCUGAAACCCUAUUUCCUGAACUCCAAAGGCGCCACCAUCUUGGUGGACUCGCAGACGCCAUUGUACGUGUCGAUAAAUGCAAACAGGACAAAGGACUUUUGCCUUCAAGCAAAGUACGACGCUUUCGCAUACAUCAAUCACUUGACUCCGCUUCCCCAACUGAAUUACACGAUUUGCGCAACGGACAACAUGAAGACACUUCACUCUUUAAUGGCGGAGAAGUCGCUCUGGGACGGUUUGAAGCCGGAUGAAUAUUCAGCAGUUCACUCCUUGCUGUCAGAACCCGUCUGGCAGAUCUCACCAACGAACGAAGCAACCAUUUACAAUUAUACCGAGGACGUGAUCGCUCUUGGAUUUUUACGUCAAGGUCACGUUCUUCUGAGCGAGGAAUGGCAACCCAGUCCGGGUGACUUAGUCCUUGACGAGACUCGUUUCCCAACGAUGGAGGAGACCAUCAACAUCUUUCACAGAAGAGGCUUCAGAAUCGUCCUCACCAUUCAGCCGUUCAUCUCCACGGAGUCUAUAAACUUCAAAGAGGCUGUUGCCAACAGACUUCUUAUAUCUGAACGUGGAAGUGAUCCUAGAAUUCCAGCGUUGGCCAGAUACAAGCAGAGCAACAGUGCUGGGGUCCUGGACAUAACCAACAACAAGACUCUGCCCUGGCUCCAAGCUAAACUGGAGAACCUGCUGAAGACCUAUCAUAUAGACUCCUUUUACCUUGAUCUUGGAAACGCACAGGAUAUGCCUCAUUAUUACAAGUGCGAGCAGCCUCUGACCAAUCCGGAUCACUACAAGUCUGUAUUCACAAAAUCGAUCCUGGGGUCGGUACCGGUGAUCGGUGUGUCCGGAGCCAUUUCCAGACCAAGGGCACCGGUUUUCGUCUCGCUACCGCCGUUUCCGUCCUCUUGGAAAGCCAUCAAGACUGUCAUACCGACUGUACUGAGCUAUGGGAUCAUCGGAUAUCCCUUUAUCAUGCCUGGUGCUGUUGGGGGUGACGUUGCUCUGCCUAUGUCCGAUAACAAUCCUGAUAAUGAUUAUGAGGUUAACUUACCUGACAAGGAGCUCUACGUGCGCUGGCUUCAACUCUCGACUUUCCUACCUGUUAUCAGAUUCACGCAUUUGCCUAGCAAAUAUUCCGAUGACUCUGUGCUGGAAAUGGCCAAGAGACUGACUACCCUCAGACAAAAGAUCGUUACUCCUCUAUUGAAGAAGUACGCUAAUGAGAGUUUGGAUUCAGGAUUACCUAUUGUCAGGCCGUUGUGGAUGCUGGAUCCGGCUGAUCCUGCUUGUCAUGUUGUUGUUGACGAGUUCUCUGUAGGGGAGGAACUCAUUGUCGCUCCGAUACUUUACUCGGGGAGCAGACAGAGAGAAGUUUAUCUUCCGGCUGGUGCCUGGAGGGAUGGUAUUGAUGGAAGUCUCAGAAAGGGUUCCAGAUGGAUUCAUAAUUACAGGGUUGCCGAAGACAAGGUUGCUUAUUUCUUAAAGAUGCCCAACAAUACGAGAUUUUAGAUUGUUUAGAAUUAAAUUUUUAAGGAUAUUUUUUUUUUUGCGAAAUGAACAAUUUGGGAUCGAUAUAACCAAAUCGGGAAAUGUGAGAAUUGUAAUGACUCGUGAUAAGAACAAUGGUUUUGUAGUAAAGAUCAAAUUUGACACGUGAAUCUUUGUAAGUGUAUUGAGUGAUAAGUCAUGAAAAUAGUUAAUAACGUAAUAUAAGGUCAAACCAUUUUCAAACGAUUACUUUAAUAAAGAAACGAAAAAGUA